UAUCUGCAAGACCAGUUUAACAGACCAGAGCAGAACGGAACAGGGUCCCAGUUCCAUGGCCAACAGAAUCCUGCCCUUCAUCACUCUUCUCUUCUUCUCUACUUUGUUCUCCAUGGUAAUAGGAGAUGAUGGGGUUGCGAUCUCAAAGCAGUACCCAUUAGUAGUGAGCACCUGGCCCUUCAAAGAAGCUGUUAGAGCUGCUUGGAGGGCUGUUGAUGGUGGCCAUUCUGCUGUUGAUGCUGUUGUGGAGGGUUGUUCUGCUUGUGAGGAACUCAGGUGUGAUGGUACAGUGGGACCGGGGGGCAGUCCAGAUGAGAAUGGAGAAACUACUAUUGAUGCCUUGAUCAUGAAUGGGGUGACAAUGGAGGUUGGAGCUGUUGCUGCCAUGAGGUUUGUGAAAGAUGGAAUUAGAGCUGCAAAAUUAGUGAUGCAGCAUACAAAGCACACAUUGCUUGUCGGGGAGAAGGCCUCAGCCUUUGCCAUUUCAAUGGGUCUCCCAGGACCGAGUAACCUUAGUUCUUCUGAUUCCAUCAGCAAGUGGAGUAAAUGGAAAGAGAAUAACUGCCAGCCUAAUUUUUGGAAAGAUGUUGUUCCUUUAGAUAGUUGUGGCCCUUAUCAUGCAAAGGCUAGCAUGGAUGUUAAAGAGGGUGGGUGUUCCACACGCAACCUGAUGGGAAUUGCUGAACCAAGAUCAUCUCUUGUUGGUCCUCACAAUCAUGACACCAUAUCAAUGGCUGUUAUUGAUAAAAUGGGACAUGUAGCUGUUGGAACAUCAACUAAUGGAGCGACUUAUAAGAUCCCUGGAAGGGUAGGUGAUGGACCCAUUGCGGGAUCUUCAGCAUAUGCUGAUACUGAUGUUGGUGCUUGUGGUGCAACUGGGGAUGGUGACGUCAUGAUGCGCUUCCUUCCAUGUUAUCAAGUUGUUGAAAGUAUGAGAUUAGGCAUGGAACCUAUGCUUGCUGCAAAGGAUGCAAUAUCAAGAAUUGCAAGAAAAUUUCCAGAUUUUGUGGGAGCUGUUGUUGCUGUCAAUAAAAAUGGUGUGCAUGCUGGUGCUUGCCAUGGAUGGACAUUCGAGUACUCCGUCAGAAGUCCAGUAACUGUUGAUGUGAAGGUUUUUACUGUACUUCCGUGAAGUAGCAACUUCCUCACUUAGCAAGUGGCCCGUUUCAACCUUUAAAAUGACAUUUUUACAUUUCACACGUGUAAUUGUAAGCUCCAAUUGUUUGGAGGUCCCACUGGAACGAGAGCGUUCUUGAGCUAGACAAAGAUUAUUGUUGUUUUCUAAUUGAUAAUUGAUAUGCAUCGUGAUUCUAACA